CCCCUCCAAGACCCAGCCCGCUGCCUGCCACUUUCCUCUCCAAACGCUAGUGGGGGUGGGUGGCAGCACCGAGGCGAUUUUCUUCGUCUUUUUUUCCUCCGGGUUUUGUCAUGGAAACGCUGACAGAACCUCCAGAAGGCGGCCGAGCCUGGCCCGGGACCGAGGGCUUUUGGGACCCUGCGGGAGCGCAGCGCGCACUCCGCACUCCCCGGGCAACAGCUGGACGCGACCAUGUCCCGGGUAGGGGCGGGGGGAGCGCGAUGCUCCGCCCCGGCGCUAGGGCCCCUCCCUCCUCCCGGCUCUCCGCAGGCGCCCUCCCCUCGCUGGGGGCCGCGAGUUGCUUUUGGUAAAACCCAGCCCCGGAAUAUAUAGAUCAUAGAAGCGCAAUGAAGUAGCCUUUGGAGAGGAGGGAGGGGGCCUGUCCGACAGCCACAGCGGCCAGCGCAGCGGCAGCGGCGGCGGCACCACCAUCUCCGCUCGCACCCCAGCAGCCCGGCCCGCGACGAGGCAGCGGCGGCCGCCGGCGGGAGCGGAGGAGGCGGCGGAGCGGCGAGAAGGAGGAGCAGGAGCGCGCAGCCGGCGGCUCCACGCAUCUCAGCACUUCCAGACCAACUCCGGCACCUUCCACACCCCUACACGGGCUGGGGGCUCCGAGAGCCACCGCAAAGCGAGCCCGAUCCUCCCUCCGAGCCUUGCUCAGCUCUGCCCCGCGCCUCCCGGGCUCCGGUCCGCGCGGCGGGGUCCCUACUCCUGCGCCCCGGGCGCGCCUCCCGGACUCCCCGGUCCCUGAAGCCAGGACAAAGCCAUGAAGCCAGCGCUGCUGGAAGUGAUGAGGAUGAACAGAAUCUGCCGGAUGGUGCUGGCCACUUGCUUGGGAUCCUUUAUCCUGGUCAUCUUCUAUUUCCAAAUCAUGCGGAGGAAUCCCUUUGGCGUGGACAUCUGCUGCCGGAAGGGGUCCCGAAGCCCCCUGCAGGAACUCUACAACCCGAUCCAGCUGGAGCUCUCAAACACCGCUGUCCUACACCAGAUGCGGCGGGACCAGGUGACAGACACGUGCCGAGCCAACAGCGCCACAAGCCGAAAGCGGAGGGUGCUGACCCCCAACGACCUGAAGCACUUGGUGGUGGAUGAGGACCACGAGCUUAUCUACUGCUAUGUGCCCAAGGUGGCCUGCACCAACUGGAAGCGGCUCAUGAUGGUGCUGACCGGGCGGGGGAAGUACAGCGACCCCAUGGAGAUCCCGGCCAAUGAAGCACACGUCUCCGCCAACCUGAAGACCCUGAACCAGUACAGCAUCCCAGAAAUCAACCACCGCUUGAAAAGCUACAUGAAGUUCCUGUUUGUCCGGGAGCCCUUCGAGAGGCUGGUGUCCGCCUACCGCAACAAGUUCACCCAGAAGUAUAACAUCUCCUUCCACAAGCGGUACGGCACCAAGAUCAUCAAACGCCAGCGGAAGAACGCCACCCAGGAGGCCCUGCGCAAAGGGGACGAUGUCAAGUUCGAGGAGUUCGUGGCCUAUCUCAUCGACCCACACACCCAGCGGGAGGAGCCCUUCAACGAACACUGGCAAACCGUCUACUCACUCUGCCACCCCUGCCACAUCCACUAUGACCUCGUGGGCAAGUACGAGACACUGGAAGAGGAUUCUAAUUACGUCCUGCAGCUGGCAGGGGUGGGCAACUACCUGAAGUUCCCCACCUAUGCAAAGUCUACGAGAACUACUGAUGAAAUGACCACAGAAUUCUUCCAGAACAUCAGCUCAGAGCACCAAACGCAGCUGUACGAAGUCUACAAACUCGAUUUUUUAAUGUUCAAUUACUCAGUGCCAAGCUACCUGAAAUUGGAGUAAAGGGGGUGGGGAGAGGGAGAGAAUCAUGCUUUUUAAUUUAAGAUUUUUAUUUGUCAAAAGAAUUAUAUGGAUAUUGGGUUAUUUUGUAAAUUAAUAUUUCUUUGGGGAUGAUGCUGCGAGCAGCAUAGUGAGAAUUAUUUAAAAUCCUUCGUAGGGAAGGACAGCUGUCUUGGCAGGGGAAAUAAGAUGGGUCGUCCUUUGUCUGUAGAAGUGAAUACUGCAACACUGUCUCAAAGGUUUCCUUGUGUUCUGGUGAAUUCCAUGAAUUGUGCAUUCCAUAAAUUCUAAUUAAUAUUAUUUAUAGUUAUUUAAACAUGGUCUCAUUAUUUCUUUUUGUGGCAGCAAAAUUCUAAUGUCUUUCCAGAAGAAAUCUGUUUCCUGCUUUGCUUGCUACAGCUCAUUUGGAGGCAUGAAUGUUCUCCUUACUAACCUCUCAUGGAGUCAUGUGAUAACAGCCAUUGUCAUGUGUACGAAUGCCACCGUUCUUGAUUUUCUGCUAGAAAGAAGUAGGUUGCUAUUGCACUUAGAGGCGUCUUUGCAAGGGACUUAUACCAAACCAAUUUCAAUCGACCUGAAAGUCCCUUGCACUAAAGAAAUGUGAUUUUUUUUUUUUUUAACUCAAGGAGAGAGUUGAUUGUAGCAGUUUUUCACCAGAAUUAGUAAUCUGAUAGAAUAGGCUUUUUUAACAGGAAUUCUAAGCUGGCAGUGCCAGUUGUAGUGAAGGUAAAGUUGCUGUUGCUUUAUAUUCAACAAGUAUUUAUUAAGCAUCUACUAUAUACUAGGCCCUGAAGAUAGAGUGUUGAACAAACCCAAGAGUCUUGGCCCUCAAAAAGCUUUACGUGACACAGAGCAUCCAGUUUGACAAUUAGCAAACUCUUGAUAUUCAUGGACUUGACAUGACGUUUGGACUAUUCAUGAGCAACACCAGAAGGUCCAUGACCCCUACAAAUUUGCAUUUUUCUAUGGCCCAAAUUUGAAAACCUCACAUUCGGAGCAGGCCACUUAUUUUUGUGAGUGAUUCCAAUCUCAUUGCCCAACAGAAAAGAUGCUAAAAAAUGUUUCCUAUCAUGUGCCUGCUCCAAUUGAUGGGUAAUGUCUGCCUUUAAACCCCAGAAUGGAUUCUCCAGGCGCAGUGUGGAAGGGUACUGUGGUUGAUUAGCAAUGUCUGCCUUGGGUGAGGAAAGGGGAACACUCCUCAAGUGCCUCCCACUGUCAUCUCCAUCCAGCCCAGCACCACAUCCCCGUGUAGAAGUGUAGUCUUCUACUGCUUGCCACAUACAAGUGUGAAAUGCCGAGGUGAGACUCGUACACUCGGGGAUUUGCAAUGGUUUUUACCCCUCAUGAAGGCCAGAGGUGGACUAUUUGUACACAUAUGCACAUGAAAUACCCUCUCACGUCCUCCAGAGGCUGAAAGAUCAUCAACACCUCGGUAACUGCCAUGCAUGAGCAAAAAGGACAGCCUUCCAUGCUCUUAAUCCAUGCCCCAUUUCCUCUGGAAGGCUGGAAACUUUUCAUUUCCUGUUCCUUGCUAAUUAACAUCUAAACACGCUUCUCAUUUCCAGCCAUUGCCGAUGCUUCUUGGUUGAAGUUUGAGCCACAUCCCUCUUACAGCUAGUGAAUGAGUUGGUAGCAGAUACUGUAUAUAUUAAUAAUAGUUUUAAUAAUACAGGAGGGUGGGAUGGGGUGUGGGUAAGUUUUGCCUUUUGUUUUGUUUUUGAUGCAGUAUAUAGUGAAGGGGUGAGGAUAUUCUAAACAAACAAAAAAUGAAUAAUUUAUUCACAGAAACUAUUAAGAUUGUAUUGUAAAGCUCACAGCAAGCUCAGUGGGCAGCAGCUGCAACAUCUCACUGGGGAAAUUAUUUUAUUUAACAUGAGUGAGAUGUGCGCCGGAGAAGGCAGCCGAAGCUAUUUAUAAAACGUGUACCUUCUUCCGAGCUCUCUCCCCUUUGUGAAGGGCACAGCAACUCUACCCUUGAUGGAUAGAGAUUUAUGCAAUGUGUUUUACCAGGUAGAGUGACAGACCUUGGCUGUCCCUGGAAUUGAGAAUCUAGACCUUAUUUCCAGGCAGGGAACACUGUCCUCAGAAAUGGGACUUCCGAUUAUGAAACAAGGUAACCAACAUCUUCUAAUACAUACAGAACACAGGUUCCAGGGCGCAUCGGGUUGGUGUGAUACAGACUAGGGUUUUGUGGUCAAAUAUGCUUAAGAAACAAAGUUAAGUCAGUUUCCUUUCUGCAGGACUUUUCAGAGCCUUGAAUGCGUGCUGUGCAUGGUGAAUACCCAAGAACAAUCCUUGAGUCUGUAGCAUUUCCUGAACUUACAUGACGAGGAUACUCUCUUUUGCAGAUCACCCCACAGAGUUCGGGUUCCACCGAAUAUACUUUGCUUAGGUUGAUUUAGCAUAUCUGAGGUCUUCAAGGAUGAAAACUGCCACCCCAACACCCUUCCAUUAAAAAAAAUACAAAAUAGCACCACAGUCUUGUCUCCAUCUGGUUUAUAGCAACAGAGGUACUUUAUUAAAUGAAUUAAGCUUUUACUUAAGUGCAAUGGUUCUAAUCCUGGAUACUGCCAUGGACUACGAUUCCAUCCCUCCCAGAGGGAGUGGAGGAAGUCUUGGGUGGUGUGGACAGAAGGAAGAGAAAAGAGGACAAGUGGGUAUAGAGCCCAGGGUGGCUCCCUACUCCUCAAGCUCAAAAGGGUGCUCAGUGGGAACAGAUGAUCUCUGAGAUGAGAUGAGUGCUUCUUCAGUUUCGUAGUUUGGAAUCAUUCACUGUGUGCUUUUUGGGAUUUUAAAUGGAAAUUCACAUAGUUUUGCAUUUCUGUGUCCGUCUUUGAUCGGUUGUGCAAGUCUGCUCACUGUCAUGUGCAGAUGGCCUUCUUUCAUCUGGCUUCUCUCUCUUAAGUGAGAAAGAUUGUCCUUCAGGGGACAUGACAUCAAUAGGCUUCUGGAACGAGGGACUCUCUCUCCCCAUGUUUUGCUUGGUGUUCACAUUUUCUUUUCUAAUGGCAUUGAAACUUUAAAAAAUAUGGAUUCAACUGUUUUUGCAACAUGUAGAAAGUAUUCUGUGUCCUUGGUUAAAGAAAUCUGGUGAAGUGUGCCUGAAAGAUGAAAGUUUGUGUUUUUUACAGAGGACUAUUUGAAACUGCUCUCUCUGCAUGCUUAGUUGGAGAAAAGUACAGGCAGGCAUGCCACCUCCCAGCCGCUUCUCAAAGGUGCUGCUGUGUCUUAAAGACCAGGUACAGGCAGGGCAGUAUUUGCAAGGACAUUCCUGCUUGCUUUAUCCCGUUGGUUGGAAAGCUCUAGAUGAUUCCCGCAGCUCCUCCAGAUCCCCGCUCCCUGCCCUCCCCAGCUGGUCUGGGAAGAAGGUGAUCUGCUGACCUGUGGUGUCUCAGAGGGGACGUUCCUCCUCCCCACUGUGCACCAGGCGAGCUGCACCCACCUGCUUGUUCAGGAUGUGGAUGCCACAGGAGAGCAGUGGGCAGUGGAAACUGCAGUUGCACCAGUUCUCCUGGUGGCGAAGGCAUGGAAGCACAAGGGUCUAAUCCAUGCUACUAGAAAGCUCCACAGCAAAGUGUACGGGUCCCAUGAAUGGUUAACUGGUGGGGUCUGGACCAGUGCUGAGACAGUGUUGGCAGAAGAAGCAGAGGCACUCUGCUUGCUUUCCUAGUCAGUCCUCCCCUACACACACACACACACACACACACACACACACACACACACACACACAUCUCAGCUGCCCCAUUCUGUGCAACCCCAGUGACCAAAUCCCUUCCUUCCUUGCCUACUUCUAUGUCAGCAGGACUGAGCGCGUCACUCCCCCGAGUUCCCACUACCCGCGUUUCCUCCAACCUUUUUCCAUCACAACCAGUUAGAACCCUACAGGCAACAAGGCCUUCCAGAAUCUGCUUGACCCUUGGCUGAAAACAUGCAAAUUUCAGUCUGCUUCACUUUGUUAGGUCCAGAAGGAGCUGCCCAUACUACUUUCUUAUGAGCAUGCUCAGUAUGACAUAUGGACAUGUAAUUUCACAUCUUCGUGGAGUGUGAUUUUCUUUUUUUACAUAUUUGUAUGCAGUAGAGGGCCUGUUGUAGAAAACUCUCCCUGUAUCUUGCUGUACUGUUAAAGAAAGCUGAAUUCCACAUUGCCAACAAAAGCGUGAAAAAUGUUCAUGAACCUUCCUCCAGGAAAAGCCAUUCAAGCCUGAUUAUUUUUCUAAGUAACUUCAAUUAAAUUGAAGAAAAAA